GAAGGUUAUCUAGUUCCCAGGCCCUUUUAGUUUAACAUCGUAGGCAAUGACGGAAGGUAGCAUGCAGUUGGAGAUAAUUAGCAUCUGAUUUUUAAAAAAGAAAAGUUAAAUAGGUAAAAGGCCAUUAUACUUGAAAGAUGAGCUUGGGAUUGUAUCGCGUAUGAGUGUAUGGAUUGAUCGAUACUAAUUCAAAUUAUCAAAUAUAAAUAAAAAUGGACGGCACGAAGCGAGAGGAUGAGCUUCAACAUACUAUUACAUAUCAAGAACAUGUAUUGGAAAAUAGCGAUGGUAAAAAUAUUGAAGAUAGACAUGAAACAAAACUAACGAGAACUGCAAAUGAAAAUGAAAAAUUACAAGAUGUCAGUAGGGAAAACCGAACUGAAAGUGAUGAUUUCUCGGGAAGCAGAGCAGACUCGCAGGAAGAUAGUUCCGAUACAAUAUUUAGUGUUCCGAAAAGAUAUGUUCUUGCGAUUAUGAUGUUCUGUGGAUUUAUGAACAUGUAUGCAAUUCGUGUGAACCUUAAUGUAGCCAUUGGGGCCAUGGUAAAGCCACAUCCUGUCGUGAAAAAUGGAAAACAUUUUAUACAGGAGCCAGAUUUCAAUUGGAAUUCAAAAUUGCAAGGAAUCGUCCUCGGCUCAUUUUACUAUGGUUACAUGUUUCUUCAAAUUCCCGGAGGAUACUUCGCAAUGAAGAUCGGUGGCACAAGAAUAUAUGGAGUGGGUGUCCUUAUAGCAGGCAUACUGACAUUAUUUACGCCAGUAGCUGCAAGAUCUAGCGUUUGGGCACUGGUUGCUUUGCGUGUAGCAGAGGGAUUGGCUCUGGGUGUGAUGUUGCCGUGUAAUCACCAGAUAUGGAGCUACUGGGCACCGCGGUCCGAGAGGACAAUUCUUGUGACGAUCGCUCUUGCAGGAAUGAACGUUGGUACCAUAGUAACCAUGCCUCUCACUGGCCUGUUGACCAAAUAUGGUUUUGAUGGAGGCUGGGCAUCAGUUUUCUAUUGCUUUGGCGCUGCAGGGAUAGUUUGGUGGGUUCUUUGGGCGUUUUUGAUACACGACACCCCAGCACAACACCCCAGUAUAUCAAAGGCCGAGAGAAACUAUAUCGAGCGCAAUGUUGAUGUGCACAAGGCGGUGAAAAUUCAGUGGAAAGCGAUGUUGACUUCUGGACCAGUAUGGGGUGUUAUAUUAGGCAACAUUGCAAAUGACUGGGGACUUUAUACAAUUCUCAUCUGUUUGCCUCUGUUCCUUAUGGAUAUUAUGCAUUUCGACGUACAAGCUAUGGGGUUCAUUGCCUCGCUGCCUUUUCUGCUGAAAGCCAUAGUUGGCCCUGUAGGAGGGGUGCUGGCAGACAUCUUGAGAAAUGGCUACAUGAGCACGGCGAAUGUCAGAAGAGUGUUCUAUGUAAUUGGUGCCAUGUGUGCAGCAACGAUGAUCGUUAUUUCUGGGUACACAACGUCAGCAAUGAUGGCCGUUGCGAGUAUGUGCGUAGGGGUUGCUCUUUCUGGCCUAAUGCACUCAGGUUAUGAAGUGAAUGUCCUUGACAUUGCCCCCGGCGUAUCGGGCAUCGUAAUGGGCAUCAGCAAUACAGCAGGAACAAUCACGGGGUUCCUCAGUCCUUUGCUGGUAGGCGUGAUGACAGAAGACAAGAAACGAGAACAGUGGCAAAUGGUGUUUUGGAUCACCUUUUUCCUGUAUCUGGCCGGAUCAAUAAUGUUUUGCAUCCUGGUGUCCGGUGAGCCUCAAUCCUGGGCGGUUCAGAACGAUGACUCAGAAAGCUCUUUGGACGACGAAAGUUCGUAACAUGUACAAAAGACUGACCACUGUUAUAUUUUAUAUUUGCUAAAGUAUUUAAGCGGAAAUCUAAUAAAGCAGACAAAUUUUGCUAA